AUGACACAGAAUUGGAACCAAACGGCUCUUCUUGUGAUCGAUAUGCAGAAAGAUUUUAUAGAAGAUGGAAGUCCUAUGUUAGUAAAAGGAGGGAAAGAUAUUGUCCCAAAUGUGAUUAAGGCUGUUGAAGUUGCUAGAAAACGUGGAAUUCUCAUUGUUUGGGUAGUGCGUGAACAUGAUCCCUUGGGAAGAGAUGUUGAACUCUUUCGCCGACAUCUAUAUACAGCAGGGAAAGUUGGUCCGACCACUAAAGGAAGUGAAGGUGCAGAAUUAGUUGAUGGGCUCGUCAUUAGAGAAGGGGAUUUUAAACUUGUGAAGACAAGGUUUAGUGCCUUCUUUUCUACACAUCUUCAUUCAGUUCUUCAACGAGAAGGAAUCAAUAGUCUGGUGAUCACUGGUGUUCAAACUCCGAACUGCAUACGGCAAACUGUUUUUGAUGCUGUAGCAUUGGACUAUCAACAUGUAACUGUUCUUUUUGAUGCCACAGCAGCAGCCACACCCGAUAUUCAUCUUGCCAAUGUGAUUGACAUGAAAAACAUUGGAGUUGCAACACCAACAUUACAAGAAUGGAGUGAAUCCAAAGCUUGA